AUGCUCAACUCGCACAUGACCAAGCCUCUGCGCGUCGGCCUCGUGGGCGGUGGCCGCAUCGGCAAAGUGCACGCGCAGAGCCUGCAGCGCGCGGGCGCCACCAUCGCCAUGAUCGCCGACCCCGUGGGCGACGUGGCCGAGACCGUGGCCGCGCACUUCGGCAUCCCGCGCUGGUCCAAGGACGCGUCCGACGUGUUCCGCGACCCGGAGAUCGACGCCGUCGUCAUCUGCUCCCCCACUGCGCUGCACGCCGAGCAGAUUAUCGAGGCGGCCAAGCACAAGAAGCAGAUUUUCUGCGAGAAGCCCGUGGACUUCAGCGUCGAAGUGGUCAACAAGGCCAUCAAGGCGCUCAUGAUCGGGUUCAACCGCCGCUUCGACGCCAACUUCGCCCGCAUCAAGCAGGCCAUUGACCGGGACGAGAUCGGCAAGGUAAACAUGCUGCGCAUCACCAGCCGCGACCCCGGCGCUCCGCCUAUCGAGUACGUCAAGGUGUCGGGCGGCCUGUUCCGCGACAUGACCAUCCACGAUUUCGACAUGGCUCGAUUCCUCGUCGGUGACGAGGUGGACGAGGUCUACGCCAUGGCGCAGAGCGUCAACCCGGACAUCGCUGCGGCGGGCGACAUCGAUACCGCUGUGAUCCUGCUCAAGUUCCGCAACGGCGUGAUCUGCUACAUCGAGAACAGCCGCGAGGCGGCGUACGGCUACGACCAGCGCGUCGAAGCGCUCGGAUCGAAGGGGUCCGUGGCGUGCGACAACAAGCACUCGAACCAGGUUGUGAUCUCGACGAACGAGAGCGUGCGUCGCGACUUGCCGCUGCACUUCUUUCUCGAGCGCUACAUGGACGCGUACGUGGCGGAGAUGGAGGCGUUCAUCCGUGUGUGUACGACGGAGGGUGCUACGGUUCCCGUUGGCGGCGACGACGGUCGCGAGGCGCUGCUUCUGGCCCUUGCUGCCAACAAGUCGCUGGCGGAGAACCGUCCUGUCAAGGUCGAUGAGCUGCGGUAG